AUGCACAAACGGCAGCUUGUCUCUGGUCUUCCCAGGGUUCUCCCUCCCCUCCCACCCUCGCCUGCUCCUCCCUGUCUUCCCUGUGUCGAGGGGCGGCAGCGCGCCGCUCCUCACUCCUCCUCCUUUCCCCCGAUGACUGCUCCCUUGCAGACGCUCCACAUGGACGUAUGGGGCCCAGCCCGCGUCCGUGGUCAGGGUCAGGAGAGGUACUUCCUGAUAGUUGUUGACGACUACUCGCGCUACACCACGGUCUUCCCCUUGCGCACCAAGGGUGAGGUCCCUGAUGUUUUGAUCCCUUGGAUCCGCAGAGCUCGUCUCCAGCUCAGCGAGCGUUUCCACUCGGACUUUCCUGUCCUGCGCUUGCACUCUGACAGAGGUGGUGAGUUCUCCUCCGACCUCUUGGCAGCCUACUGUGCUGAGCACGGCAUUGAGCAGUCGUUCACGCUUCCGGCCUCUCCACAGCAGAAUGGGGUUGCUGAGCGCCGCAUUGGCUUGGUCAUGGAGAUCGCUCGUACCUCCCUGAUCCAUGCGGCUGCUCCCCACUUUCUGUGGCCGUUUGCAGUCCGAUACGCUGCGCAUCAGCUCAACCUCUGGCCCCGUGUCUCCUUGCCGGAGACUUCCCCGACUCUGCGGUGGACGGGAGAGGUUGGCGAUGCGUCGCGUUUUCGGGUCUGGGGAUCCCGAGCUUUUGUUCGCGACACGUCCGCGGACAAGCUCUCCCGUCGCGCUGUCCCCUGUGUCUUCCUUGGCUUUGUCCCGGACGCGCCUGGCUGGCAGUUUUACCACGUCACCUCGCGCCGGGUUCUGCCUUCUCAGGACGUCACUUUUGACGAGUCCGUCCCCUUCUACCGCCUCUUCCCCUACCGCACUGCCCCGCUCCCCCCCCCCGCCUCUCUUCCUCGCACCAGGUGCUGCUGUGGUAGACCCCCUCCCCCCUCAGGGUGCCGCUCCCUCAGAGGUCCUGAGCCUGAGCGUGAGGAGCCUGAGGGUGCUGAGCCUGUGGGUGCGGAGCCUGGGGGUGCUGAGUCUGGGGGUGCUGAGCCUGGGGGUGUUGAGCCUGGGGGUGCUGAGCCUGGGGGUGCUGAGCCUGGGGGUGCUGAGCCUGGGAGUACUGAGUCUGGGGGUGCUGAGUCUGGAGGUGCUGAGCCUGAGCGUGCUACACCUGGAGGAGCUCUCUCCUCCCAGCAGCUGCAGGAGAGGUACCUACAGUACUGCCGCCUCCGGAGAGGUCCUGCUGGAGCUGGUAGCGGUGCUUCCCCUCCUGCCCGGGAGCUCCCCCCCCUCCAGCAGAUUCAAGAGUGGUACACGAGGCGCUGCAGUCUUAGGAGUGGUGCUCCUGGUGCUGCGGACCCGGACGUUGGAGCUGCUGCUGGUACUGAGGACCCGAGAGGUGGCGCUGCUGCUGGUGCUGAGGACCCGGGCGGUGGAGCUGCUGCUGGUGCUGAGGACCCGGGCGGUGGAGCUGCUGCUGGUGCUGAGGACCCGGCCGGUGGAGCUGCUGCUGGUGCUGUGGACCCGGACGGUGGAGCUGCUGCUGGUACUGAGGACCCGGGCGGUGGAGCUGCUGCUGGUGCUGAGGACUCGGGCGGUGGAGCUGCUGCUGGUGCUGAGGACCCGGGCGGUGGAGCUGCUGCUGGUGCUGUGGACCCGGACGGUGGAGCUGCUACUGGUACUGAGGACCCGGGCGGUGGAGCUGCUGCUGGUGCUGAGGACUCGGGCGGUGGAGCUGCUGCUGGUGCUGAGGACCCUGGCGCUGCUGUCCCUGCUGGUUCUCGAGACGCUGCGCGGCCGCGACCGUACUUUGUACCGCUCCUUCAGCAGGUUCUUGGUCAGGCUCCUCCUCCUUGUCCUCCUCCCUCCGUAGAGUGUCCUCCGCCUGUCCAGUCGCAGUCACAGUUCCCGCCUGCCUCGCCUCUUCUUGGUCCCUCUCCUUACACUGGUCCCACAGGAGGCCUUACAGAGCGUCGUCAGCCUGAGUCUCGUCCAGCGUCGCCUGUUUGUACUGCUUGUCCUGGUUGUCAUGUCCCGCGUGAGCGUCCUCCUCCUGUCCCUGGCACUCACUACAUGACUCUGCGUCCCUCCACUGCUCCUCAGCGUGUCCCCCUACCGUCUCCUCCUGCGUCCUCUCUACCUACUCUUCCUGACCCGGAGUCUGACUCCCGUCGUGCUGCCAGUCCCACUGUCACGCGUCUCCUCGCCACCGUUGUCACUGACCCUACCUUUGAGUCCGCCGCUGCGUCUGCUCUGGUCGCUGAGUUGGUUGACUUUGCUGCUCGGUGUCGCCUAGACUACGCUGCUAGCCUUGUUGCUGAGUCUGAGUCUGCGUCUGUCUGUCCUCCGUCCGUCGGGGGUGAGUGUGCUCUUGGCACGGACGUCCUUGAGGACAGACAGGAGGAGUUCCAGUGCUUUGCUGCUGCUUUGCCCCAUCUCGUGUCCAUGCUAGUUGCCCCUGAGGGAGACCCGGAUGCACCAGACAUCCCGACCCCGCGCUCUUACGCUGAGGCGAUGGCGGGUCCCUACUCCUCUCAGUGGCAGACAGCCAUGGACGCAGAGAUGGCUUCCUGGAAGUCCACACGCACCUACAUCGACGAGGUUCCCCCACCUGGGGCGAACAUCGUCAGUGGCAUGUGGAUUUUCAGGGUGAAGCGGCCACCGGGUUCUCCUCCUGUCUUCAAGGCGCGCUACGUUGCUCGAGGCUUCAGUCAGCGAGAGGGAGUAGACUUCUUUCAUACCUUCUCCCCCACCCCGAAGAUGACGACUCUUCGGGUGCUGCUGCACAUAGCCGCUCAGCACGACUACGAGCUUCACUCACUUGACUUCAGCACUGCUUUCUUGCAGGGCAGCCUACACGAGGAGAUCUGGCUGCGCCGCCCUCCUGGCUUCACUGGGUCGUUUCCUCCUGGUACCCAGUGGAGGCUUCAGCGGCCAGUCUACGGUCUCCGGCAGGCUCCACGUGAGUGGCACGACACACUGAGGACUACACUUGCGGCUCUUGGGUUCGCGCCUUCUACUGCUGACCCGUCGCUGUUUCUGCGCACCGACACUUCGCUGUCGCCGUUCUACAUCCUAGUGUACGUCGACGACCUGGUCUUUGCCACUGUUGACAUUGCGGGACUCGCCUACGUGAAGUCGGAGCUGCAGAGGAGACACACGUGCACAGACCUGGGUGAGCUGACAAGCUAUCUUGGCUUGCGGAUCACCCGGGACAGAGCACGGCGCACCAUCACCCUGACUCAGUCACACAUGGUGCAGCAGGUUCUCCAGCGCUUCCGCUUCACGUACUCCUCGCCUCAGUCCACUCCUCUGCCUACCGGUCACUCGCUCUCAGCUCUGCCUUCGGAUGAGUCCGUAGAGCCGAGUGGCCCGUAUCCAGAGCUUGUGGGCUGCCUCAUGUACCUGAUGACCUGCACUCGACCUGACCUUGCAUACCCUCUUAGCAUCCUUGCACGCUAUGUCGCUCCUGGCCGUCACAGGAAGGAGCACAUGGAUGCUGCUAAGAGGGUGUUGCGCUAUUUGUGCAGUACGUCGGGCAUGGGGCUAGUGCUUGGAGGGCGAGACCGAGUUGUGCUCACUGGACACUCAGACGCUUCUUGGGCGGACGACCAGGCUACUCAGCGGUCGUCUCAAGGUUACACUUUCAGCCUUGGCUCUGGCUCUGUCUCUUGGCGCUCUACGCGUUCUUCUUCUGUUCUCAGCUCCAGUUGUGAGGCUGAGAUCUACGCCACAGCCAUGGCGGCCCAGGAGCUACGCUGGCUGACCUACCUGCUGACCGACCUGGGAGAGCGACCUCGUUCUCCUCCAGUGCUGUACGUCGACAACAAGGCUGCCAUUGCCUUGUGUGAGGAGCACAGACUCGAGCACAGAACGAAGCACAUCGCCCUGCGGUACUUCCUUGCUCGAGAGCUGCAGCAGCGCGGCCAGCUUCGUCUUCGUUACGUGGCCACUGAGGCCAACACUGCUGAUGUGUUCACCAAGGCGCUUCAGCCUUGUGACCAUCAGCACCAAGGGUCCGAAGACCCGAGACAGGAGGAGGAGACGGCAGCAGCUGCUGCUGCUGCUGCUGCUGCUGCUGCUGCUGCUGCGGCUGCUGUGGCUGCUGCUGCUCCAGCGGCUGCUGCCUCUGCUGCUGCUCCUGCUGCUGCUCCUGCUGCUGUCGCUCCUGCUCCUCGAGCCGCUGCAACUCUCUCUCCUCUCUCUCCAACUCCAGCUGCUCCUCACGAGCACGGCGAACACGAGCCUGGAACCUGGUCGGGUAGGGGUGGGGGGAAGGAGUAG